UUUAAAUAUCCUGAAUUCUGUUUUCCUUCCCUCCGUUUCUUCACCUGGAAACUGUGUUUUUAACGUCCAAACGACAUCAUGUUCCUGCGUGGGUCUAAAAAGCGACGGUCGAACCGCUCGCAGGAGGAAGAGGACCCAGACAGAGGCCAGCCCUGUAUGCGCUGUGGAGACCAGUGCCCCGGCUUCCGUGUCCAUGGCUGGAGGAAAAUCUGUGUGCACUGCAAGUGUGUGCGAGAGGAGCAUGCCGUGCGCUCUGUGCCGGGCCAGCUGGAAAAGAUGAUGACGAAGCUGGUAUCAGACUUCCAGAGACACUCCAUCUCCGACGACGACUCGGGCUGCGCCUCUGAGGAAUACGCAUGGGUCCCACCUGGGCUCAAGCCCGAACAGGUGUACCAGUAUUUUAGCUGCUUACCAGAGGACAGGGUGCCUUAUGUGAACAGUCCGGGGGAGAGAUACCGAAUCAAACAACUGCUGCACCAGCUGCCAGCCCACGACAGUGAGCCACAGUACUGUAACUCUUUGGACGAGGAGGAGAAGAAGGAGUUGCGUCUGUUCAGUCAGCAGAGGAAAAGAGAAAACUUGGGCAGAGGCGUUGUCAGACUCUUCCCAGUAACUAUGAUGGGAGCCAUAUGCCAGCAGUGUGGCAGACAGAUCUGCGGUGGAGACAUAGCGGUGUUUGCCAGUCGGGCCGGACACGGCAGCUGUUGGCACCCUCAGUGUUUCCAGUGUGCCUCCUGCAGUGAGCUGCUGGUUGAUCUGAUCUACUUCUACCAGGAUGGGCAGAUCUACUGCGGCCGGCACCACGCUGAAAGGCUCAAGCCCCGCUGCCAAGCCUGCGACGAGAUUAUUCUAGCAGAUGAAUGUACAGAGGCAGAAGGAAGAUACUGGCACAUGAAGCACUUCUGUUGUUUUGAGUGUGAGGCUGCGCUAGGCGGUCAGCGUUACAUCAUGAGAGAGAGUCGACCGUACUGCUGCUCCUGCUACGAGUCCCUGUAUGCAGAGUACUGCGAUACCUGCGGAGAACACAUAGGUAUCGACCAGGGCCAGAUGACAUACGAGGGUCAGCACUGGCACGCCGUGGAGUCAUGUUUCUGCUGCGCCCGCUGUCAACUGCCUCUGCUGGGGCGUCCCUUCCUCCCUCGAGGGGGGCUCAUCUUCUGCUCCAGGCCCUGCUCGCUGGGCGAAGAUCCCAAUAACUCAGACUCCUGUGACUCAGCACUGCAGAGCAGACCACCUCAGCAUAAUAAACGCUGCGGGACAGCAGAGAAACAGCAGCAGCAACAGUGUGGUUCUCCACUGAAGCCACUAGAGGGCAUCACUAUAACUGCAAAAGACUGCAUUCAUACUGCAGUGGAAAACAAAGGCGUCCACUGCACUGCUCCAGUUCAAAACGGAGCUCCUGCACCCAGCGGUCAUCCUCAUUCAAGAGGCUCCUAUUCACCUCUUCCUCACAUUCAUCUAGGAAAUGGCUUAGGUCCAUCUUGGCCCAGUGACGUUCCACAUUACAGUUUAUUGCCAGGGGACUGUGGGAUCAAACCUGCAGUCAGUGGUCUUCAGUUCAAGGGAGAGCUAAAUGAAAAUACUGGACUAACUGGUGUUAAUUCAAGAGGAACCUCGACUGCUAAAGACUGUAGGAACUGGGUGGAAAGGACGAAUCAGGUUCUGCAAGUGUUUCCUCCCCAGAAAAACUCACACGUGACACACCUGGUUUCACCUGACUCAUCUCACCUCUCUCCCAAUAACCCAUCCAUCCUCCCUCCUCCUCUGCCCGUCAAGACUCGUGACUUGAUACCCCGGGAGUCACCCCCACCAAACCCCCCCCAGCUAGAGGACAGACCCUCAGAUUCUCCGCCUCCACUGACUCGCAGUGGCACAGCUAGAGUCAGCUUCAGAGAACCAAUCAGCAGCAGCUACUCUGUUGAUGAGGAUGAGGAUGAGGAUGAAGAAGAGAAUGAAGAGAAGCUGCAAGAGGGUGAGGAAAACCAGCAGGCCGAAGAUGAGGUGGAGGGAGGUUUCGGAAGCAGGUUAAAUCUACAGAAAGGAAUCCCACCGCAGAUGGAUCUACUGGACGGAUCCUCUUACCAUCAGCGGAGUCUGAGGCGAGGGUGGGGUCGCUGCCGUAUCCCCUCUGACCCGUCUCUCCAUCCGGGCGCAGAGAGGCGAUACAGACACUCGCGGCCUGACCGACCCCGUCUGGACACCCUGGAAUGGAGAGGCGAGAAAGAAAGGGACAGCCGGGGCUCCUCCAGCGCCUCCUCACUGACCCUCCAGCCGGGUCACUACAAACACGAAGACUGUUCUACAUGUUCCUCGUCCUCAGACUCUGAGGAGGAAGGCUACUUCCUUGGACAGCCAAUACCUCUGCCCCCACAGCUCAGAAAACAGCAGCCUGAGGAGGGUAAAGACAGGGAGGGAGAGAAGGAGAGGGAGGUGCAGAGAGACUGGGGGCUGAGAGGCAGCAUGAGGCGGAGCAGAGCUCACAGUCUUGGUGCAAAGGACAAAGAUAAAAACUGUGCUGUUUCCUAACCCCCAACAAGAAGAACUAAUGGCCCUUCUUUAUUCUGGUGCUCAAGUUUUAUGAUAGUGACGUGUUGUUAGAUCCAACACACAAUGUGAUCCACAGCCACUGUUCAUACUUAGCAAAGGGAAGCAAAAUAAACCUCAGAAAAUCCACUACCCCAGCUUUAUGGUAUUGACUUCUCACUGUUCAACUUUGAGAUGUGACAUUAAAGAAAAUGAUGUACACAGUGUGUGAAUCAUGUGAGUAGUGAUUGAUGUUGAAUGAUUAUUGGUUAUAAUUAUGCCUGGAUUGUAUUUGAAUAUCCAAGAGAAAACUCAGACCUGUGUUGCAGUUAGCUUGAACUGUUGUGACCCUGCAGUGACAUUAAACUGCAGUUUAUCAUCACUGCUUUUCAUCAUUACCAUCAUUUACAUAUGCAAACCUCCAGUUGCACCAGGAGCUGACAGCACAUUCCUCCAUCAUUGUUUGUAAAAAAGAACAUUAAGUAUAUCUUAUUUUAACUCUGCUGUAACCAUGUCCUGUGCUCUUUUGUGCAAUUUUAUAUGGUUGUAAUAUAUUACAGUUAAAAAUACUAAACGGCCAAAUAGUAUGUGAUGGAGUUUGAUUACUUCAGCAAACUGUGGUAGUUUUAUACUAUCAGAAUCAAAAGUCUCUACCUAUUUGUCAAGUCUUUAAUCAUGUAUGGCUUAAAAGUCAUUUAUUUUUAUAUACUGUACUUGGUGUAGGUCACUGUUCCUUCUUGUUUUAUUCUAGGUAAAGAAAGAGAUGCAAAUGUCAGUUUGUUUGAUUGUGAGACAACUUCAUGGUGACAUUAAAUUUGUCUAAA